AUGUUGAAGAUAUGGAACAUGAAACAAAAGCAGCAGAGCGAUGCUAACGCAGAUGCUGCUGCUGGAAACAAAAAGAAGAAGGUCACCGCAGCACAGCUGCGAGUCCAGAAAGAUCUCUCUGAGCUCGAACUGCCCCGGACGAUGAAGACGAUCUUCAAAGACCCCGACGACGUUCUGAACUUUGAACUCACGAUCGAGCCGGAUGAGGGAAUGUACAAAGGCGGGCAGUUCCACUUUACCUUUGAGAUCAGUCAAGAGUUCCCGCAUCAGGCACCCAAGGUCCUCUGCAAAGAAAAAAUAUACCACCCCAACAUCGAUCUGCAGGGGAAAGUGUGCCUGAACAUCUUGCGAGAGGACUGGAAGCCGGUCUUGAACAUACAAGCCGUGAUCGUUGGUCUGCAAUUUCUCUUCCUCGAGCCAAACGCCUCGGACCCUCUAAACAAAGAAGCCGCAGAGGACUUGCGGUCCAACCGAGAAGGAUUCAAGCGCAACGUGAGGCAGUCCAUGGGAGGGGGGAUCGUCCGAAACGAGGCUUUCGACAAGGUCUUCAAGACUCGCGAUUAG